AUUUCCUUCCCCCCACCUCACUUCUGCUUCUCCAAGUGAUUUUUGGCUGUGUCCCAGAAGGGAGAAGUGACAGCAGGAAGUGAGUAAGGGGUGGUGAAAGUGGUGGUAGUUACAGGACAACAAUAAUCAAGUUGGUGUUUGUCGAUGACGUUCCAGGACUCUAUCCUUCUGUUGUCACAAUGCUUGCUACAAGUCUGCUUGGACAGGCAUGGCAGGUCAGGAGCAGCUUGGGAAGGGCUGCCUGUCUAAGAGACACACUGGUGGCGGCAGUGGAUCUCCAACAGGCUGUGUUUUGCUGCACCCCACAAGGAAAAGCUUUCUCUGGCCACUGUGGAAUCCUCUGACUCCCCGAGGCGGACCCCCACUGUCCUCCACGUCUUUGACCCCUUCAGAGGCUGAGCGAUGGCGUCCAUGAGGCUACAGGUGACAGGCAUCGCCCUGGCCUUCCUGGGCUGGCUGUGUGCUGUACUGAGCUGUGCACUGCCCAUGUGGAGGGUGACAGUCUUCCUCAACAGUGACAUGUAUGAAGCUGAGUUCGUAUCAGAGGGCUUGUGGAAGGUCUGCGAUUUUCUGAAUGGAACCCAGAUUCAAUGCACGGAAUACCAGUUAAUGAUGCCAGAGUUCCUGCAGGUGGCCCGUGUCCUCAUGGUCACCUGCCUCAUCAUGGCUGCACUGGGUUUGCUGUCCUCCAUGGUGGGGGUCAAGUGCACCAAGUGGGUGGAAGGUGAGACCACCAAGGCCAAGAUCAUAACCAAGGCAGGUAUGGUGCUUCUGACAGCCAGCGCUAUGGUGACGUUUACCGUGACCUGGAUAACUGUGAGCAUUUGGUACCACAACCGCAACUCUCUGGAGGACUCUGGGGAGAGUCAGAAGAUGGGGACAUCGCUCUACAUCGGUUGGGCCGCCUCUGUGCUGCUGCUGCUUGGAGGGGCCCUGCUGUGCUGCCCUAGGCUGCCCUGCCUCAUUCACCAGCCCCACUCUGAUGAUUACUCCGCCCCCACUGUAAGGUCCUCAUCCUCUUCAGGGCUAGGAAAAACACUUUCUUUGUUUCUUUCUCACUUUUUUUCUUUCUCGCUUUCUUUCUUUCUUUUUUCUCUUUUUUCUUACCUUCUUGCUUACCUUAUUUCCUACACUCUUUCUUACUCUCUUUCCAAUGAGCUCAAGGGACUUGCCCUCCAGCAGCCUGGAAGAACUACAGAAUUUUUGAGAUGUGUUGUGGUCAGCAGUGGGUUUAUGGAGACGUCGUUUAAUCGGCCCGGUUGCGGGCGCAGCGAUUGA